UUUCCUCGUCAUAGCGAGGUCUCCCCCAGCUGAUUGCGUGAUUCUCUCACCUCCGGAUCAAGCUGCCUUCUGUUGGAGCUCCUUCCUCAAACGGAAUAUGCAGAAACACAAGGGACAUUUUGGUGAGAGACACGGCACAGCCACAGCAAGCGGCUGAUGAGACAAUAGCCUGUAGCUCACCGUCAACAAUAAUACAUAUCGUGCUUCGUGGUCUGUCGUCAUUCCAUCCGGUCUGGAACGUUCCGCGGUUUACCUUUCAAGAUCGUUCAUCCCCAUCGGUGUGAUAUUUGACAGGUCCCUUUGUUGGGUGGAGUCAAGUCCGCAAUUUUCUAUAUUGGAAUCAUCACUGGCAUCAUUUCAGAUUUCUUCUACUCAACCCCUAGAUCAUCAUCAUGAAGGACGACGUCGCCAACAGCACUCACCCAGCCUCUUGACUCCAUGUGUCUUUGUACUGCCAGGUCAUCGUCAUGAAGGACAGUGUGGUCAACAACAACAGCAUCUCCCACGCCAGGAAAGCUGUGGAACAACUCAAGAUGGAGUCUUGUAUGGACAGGAUAAAGGUCUCCAAAGCAGCAGCGGAUCUGAUGGUGUAUUGUGACGCCCACAUACGUGACGACCCCCUCAUCGUGCCUGUGCCCGCCUCGGAGAACCCCUUUAGGGAGAAGAAGUUAUUCUGCACCAUCCUCUGAUGCCCAGUAGGGGGCAGACCAGCCUUAGGCCGGACCCUGGUUCAGGUGUGGAAUAACGCCUGCCGUCUCCUCUUCUGUCUUCACCGUACCUGAAGCUAACAAAACGCUGUGAAAGUAACCAGGAAGUGAAUGCCCUUUCAGCCUUGUAGUUUUUCAACUUUUGUAGUUUUUUUUAAUGGUCUUCAAGCGCAAAAAACAUACAUACAUUUUCUUCAUUACAAAGAAUCUUCAUAAAAGGCAUCUGGUAGAAGUAAAUUCAAUCUUGAAGCCCAUUCAAAGCCCAGUGUCCGGAAGUAAAGCGGCAGUAGUCCUCUUUAACAGCAAACUAACUUACCCACGUUACUACCGCUUAACAUCAACCUGGCUACUGUUGAGUUGGGUUGAGGUUGCCAGGUGGACACUGUGUUGUUGGGCAGCUCUGUCCCAGGUGGCUGCAUUGGGGAGGGUUUACAUACCUUUCCAUCUGGCAACCCGGUGACCGCGUCUGCGUGUUAGUCUCCAGUGUCGUUUCAUUGGUUGGUUUGUUAUAGCGCCUUCGUUGUUAGAGAGAAGCCUUCAUUAGUACUUUAUGAUAACAUGAUGAGAUUAUAUUUUUAUUAACAUGUCUUUUGUUUUUGUUUACACUAGCUUAUUUUUUUUACAAGCCUCAGGAAACAAACACAAACCGUGGGAAUAAAAAUAAAAAAAAACAUUCUAAAGCCCAGUAUUUUAUAUAGGAUCAAACCAACAUACCAUAUAGCAUGUUAGUCCCCACUAUUCAUUUCACAUUCCCAUCAGGAAGGAGGGAGGUGAGAUGGGGGAGGAG